UGAAACCGCUACAAAAAAGUGUCAUCUCUGCGAUUAAAUAUAAAUUGCAGGAAUAUGUCAACUGCUUUUUGCACAGAAUCUACAUAGAUCUAUAGUUUUGUAGGGUUUAUCUCUUCAGUUUUUGAAUUUCACGCCUAGCUUUUCAGCUUCUACUUUCAGUAUCUGUUUACAAUAGCAAAGGUUAAAGCAAAAUGGCCUCUUCAAUAGUCAUUACGUGUAUUUGCAUUUUUCUGCUUCGAUUUGUGUGCUGUGAAGAGAGAUUUGUCUCGAGGGUCUUUGAAAACACAAAGUCGUAUUGCUCAGAUUUGGCUAAGAAAGUCUACACAGUGACAAGUGAAGUGCAGUGCAUUCACAGAUGUAUGAGGAACAAAAAAUGCAGCACGAUAAAUUACAGAAACGAGGAUGACGUCACGGAAAACUGUGAACUGUGUUCGUUGGUGGCCACUGCUCCACCACAGAAGAGUCAAAGAAUUGGAAAACUAUCGUUACCAAGAGCGAAUUAUUCCCAGUGGCUAAAGUUUUUAGGAGCUGCAGAGAAGUAUUUAAGGAAAGAGAAAAUGCAGCAUCUAGAGUAUACGAUUUGGAGUCAGGCCGUCAUUUCUGCAACAUGAGUGAGAUUCCAAAUUGCGGAGGAGGUGGAUGGACUCUUGCUAUGAAAAUUAAUGGAACAAAGAGUACAUUCUCUAUCGAAUCGGAAUAUUGGUCAAAUGAAGAAGUAUAUAAUACGGAUUUAGGGAUCCAUUCCUUCUUUGAAAACGAAGCAAAGUUCCCUGCCUUAAGCAAUGUGGCAUUUGACGAGAUCUGCAUUGGUAUGAAGGCAUCAUCUGUUGUGAAUUGGCUGCGUUUACCAGUAAAAAGUUCCUCCCUGCUUGCUAUUUUCAGCCCUGGUACCUAUAUACAAACCAACCUUGGAAGGUCGGCUUGGAAUAACUUGCUUCUAUCAUCUUCAUUGCAAUUCAAUUGCAAUCGCGAAGGAAUCAAUGUGAAGAACGAUGCAGGAGUGAUUAUGGCAAGAAUUGGUCUCAUUGCUAACAAUGAAAAGACGUGUGAUACUCCUGAUUCGUUCCUUGGAAUAGGGAUUCCAAUUGCUGUAUGUGGCAAUGAAGCACUAACCAGUCAAGUAAACGACAACGGCAAAAAACGAAUCCAUGCUACCGGCUUUGUACUGAUCAAAUGAACAUUACAUUGGCUGUAAGAGCAGUAAGCAACAAUUUAUUACAUCCAAGACUUCCAUCUUUUUGUCUUAACCAAACUGUUCAUGGGUUAAAAAUAUUAAGGAAUAUCAUGAAGGCUUGGCAUUUAAACGAUAUCUUUUACUAAUGAUACAAAUAAAAAAGCUUUUUCACAAGAAGAAGAAAAACACUCUCAUGAACUUUUGCAGCAUAAUGGUAGAAAACGGUGCGGGUUAAACUGACAAUCAUUUGCAGCCAUUUAAUCCAAUUGUAACAAUAUCGACGAAGUAAAAUUGGCCAUAGCAGGCACAAGCUACCCCACUUUUCAGAAAUAGUGCUACAGUACCUAUUUGCAGCUUCCGGAGAUGGAACUGCCCUCCGUUCCGUCUCAACUUUUGAACUACUUCCAUGUACAAUAUCCUUCAGGCAAAAGCACAUGCCUGUAUCAUUUCACAUCUCAAGUCAUUUUUGGAUUCAUUUAUUUGCCUUGUUAGAAAAGUUAUGUGUUUCUUCAUGAAAAUUUAUUAUCUUUGUCCUGGGCAAAAACAGAUUCUGUGGCACAAAAUUGCUGGUGGAACAAGUUGCUGAGAUAAUAAUUGUAGUUAGCAACAAGACAGCGCUGAAUUAGGCUAUUUUCUCUCAAUUUUUAGUUGGUGCAGUUUACCUUUCCAGAUUAACAAUUUUUGUACACAUUUUUUCAACAUAAGCUAAUAUAUUUUCAAUUUGCAUAGGCUUUCCGUAGCUACAGUAAACAUAUAGAUCACAGGACUGCAUGAUGGGAUGUACAUAAAAAAUGUACAUAAAAAGGCCCGAAACCUUUCCCCAAAAUGCAGUGCGCAAGGUGAAGUAUGUAUAUGCUGUUAUCUUAAGACAAGUCGCAAAUUGUACACUACCUACUAAAACCGAGGCGUAGAAUUGUAUUUCUUAAAUGAUAUAUUGCAUGAAAAGAGUCCUAUUAUUUUUAUGAUGAAAGUUACUUUUUGCCGGUCUGUCAUAAAGUGCUUGCGGCCGUCUAGACAGAGCGGAACACGCUUUUGGUCUAUACAACAGGGCGGUUCUAAUUUGCUACCCCGAGUUUCACCCUUACAGUAAAGUAUUAAAUGUCUAGAAACACUUGUUUAAGUCGUGAUGGUUUUGUUCUUGGCAGUAUUGGCAAUAAUGAGUGAAGCAAGCGAAAAUGCCCUAUUCUAAAAUUCUAGAUCUAAAUCACUUACAGAAACC